CGUAUCAGCUAAAAUCAUGAACAUGGGCAUUCUCAGGCGUUUUCUUCUCUUCUAGAGAAUGAUCAUUCUUUGACAUAACCAAACACGCAGAAGUUGUACAUUUGCGCGGUAUUUGAUAAAAAACGCAAGAAAAUUAUAACAUUUAAGUGUAAAAAUAAUUUUGGUGCAGUUCGAAGAAGUAAAUAUGAAACUAACGCUCAGUUUGUUGAAACGCGGUGUGGGAGAAUGGUCAAAAAAAUUUUCAAAUCUACCGGAUAGGUAUAUAAACCGAGCUAUGGCACAGGUUUAUUGGAAGACACCUCGUAAACCAAAUUAUCUCCCACGCACAAUUGAAAGAAAACGAUUUCAUUUUUCUAUACAUCGUCCAUGGACUAAUGAAUUUCAUCGUGACAAUGCACCUCGGGUAUCUCAUCAGUUUGUUCAUGUCGAACCUAUUAAAAAUUGGAGUUUUUUCAGAGGUGAUAGGGUAGAGGUUUUAGUAGGAAAAGAUAAAGGAAAGCAAGGGCUUGUAAAAGAGAUUUAUCAGGAAAGAAAUUGGGUAAUUGUUGAAGGGCUUAACACAAAGCUGGUAGCCAAUAUGAAGACUAAAAAAUUUCCUGGUUUAUAUAUUCAGCAAGAACAACCACUAUUAGUAACGUCGCAAGUGCAAUUGGUUGAUCCUUCAGAUAUGCAAGGAACUCCAAUAGAAUGGCGAUACACGGAAGAUGGUCAACAUGUACGCGUAUCCGUGAGAACUGGUAGAAUAAUUCCUAUUCCGGUCUCAAUUCAGGAAACGAUUGAUUACUCACUCCCUCGAUUAUAUCAAGAUCAUGCAAAAGAUACAAGUAAAGCUGACAUGGAAAAAAUAACUUAUGAACCAGCAUUGAAAACUUUCGAGAUGGACAUUAUGGAACAAAUGGGCAUUGAAGAAGAUCGUAUUCCAAAGAAAUUUUAUUGGUAUUAAUCAUUGUUAUAUACAAUUCGCUGUUAUUUUCAAUGUACAACUAUAAUAUUUAAUAAAUAUAUUAAGCGAACAAAGGGAUGGGAACAAUUUUCUAAUAUAACUCAAGAAAUCUUUUAUCUCACAAUCUUUUUCAAUGAAAAAAUUGCGUUGAAAUUGGAUUUUUCUAUAUAAUUUAUCUUAAUAAUUUUAACUUUUUUUCUUGGUAUCAAGAGAUUUUAUAUCUUUAAUAAAAGUUAUAUUAUAAAGUGUCCCUGUUUGCAACGCUUUUUAUAGGAAGUACGCAAUAAAAGGAGCAUUUAUAACAUUAAACAAUAAAAAAAA